UGCCCCUUGUGUCUCUGGUUGUUCUCUGCAUCCCUGGGUGAGGUGAGCAUCUCCCAUCAUUGCUUCUGGGCCUUGGCUAUGGACUGUCAGCACUGCAGGGCAGGUUUUGGGGUGCUGCAUGAUACAGGAGCAGGCAGAGCUCAGGGGGCUCACCUUAGCCCCCAGAACCUUGACUUCCUGACCUGUGUAACAAUCCUUGUCUAUUUGGGUCUCAUGUUCUAUGGGGAAACAUUUAAAAUAAUGAUGCUUUUGUAAUGAUGAUAAUAAUAUUAGGCUGUCAUAUAUAACUUAAUCUUAUUUAUUUAUUUGUUUGCCCUUUCUUAGAGGGAAUUGCUGCUAUUUUCUGGGCAUCGGGCCCAAUUUUUGUUUGUUCUGUCUGCGUCCACACUGCAUCCUGGAUGCUGCACCCAAAGAUGGAGCCUGUGUGGAUGAGCACAUUCAGGCUGCUCCAAACCUGGAGGCAGCAUUUUGUGCCUCCCGUGUUGUUCCCACCCAUCAUCUUACCACCCGCAGGAUUUUCAGCCUCGGCCACGUGAAUGCGAAGCAGGUGGCAUUUCCGUCUGAAUUAAUAUACUCAGAGUCCUUGGAUGUGGGAAGGGGGUUAAACUGGAUUUGCUGAUGGACCUUGUUGCAGGAGAGCAGUUUGUCUCCUGGCAGGGCAGCACACAUCACCUCUACAGAAGAGGUGGGAGCUGCCUGGAGGUGAAUGUAUGGCCGAGAGAGGAAGGAGCAGCUGAGAGGUCACCAUUCUCGCAGAUCAUUAGAGCAUCUGUGUGCAUCAUGUCCUAGGUACAGAGCGAUGACAAGUUUGGAUGCUUCAGGAGGGAAAUGUUUGCUUCCUGGUGAGAAGUAAAUUAGGGUGGUUUGCCUAGUGUCAGUAUGUUAUGAGUCAGGGACGUUCAUUAACAUUUACCAAAAUCUGAGUGAAAACCGAGUUCUUAGUUUGACAAAAAAGGUUGGGUGUGAUUUUGCUGGGUUUGGGGGAAAAUUCUCCAAAGAACGGAGCUUUAUUUUUAAUAGACAUCUGCAUGCCUGCCUGCAGGAGACUGCAGUUCUGUGUGCGCUGAUAUAUGGCAUCUGUUGUGUUGUCAGGGUACCUGGUGGUACGGACUGUCAUCAGCGUUACAUGGUGGUGGGUGUCCCAGCUUCAUGCCAGACCCACCACACCUGAGUCAGCAGAAAGUUUGUAGUGGGGGAGUUGUCCCUACAAAAUACUUCAGAUACGUUUUCCUGGGCAAGGUGAGUUUCCAUGCAGCAUUUUGCUCCAUGUUCUCACAGCCUUUCGCUUCUGGCACUCCUUGCUUAAAAGUCCACCUCCAGUAGCUUUUGGAACCUGAGAUUUAUUGAUGUGAACCCAGGAGGAGAUUAGGCAGCGCUGGCAGGAUCAGGGGCUGCGUGAGAGCCGGAGCUGGCGGCAGCAGCAGCAUGCGUGCGGCGUCUGAGGCUCAGGGCGCGAGAACCACGUAAGGUGCCCGCCGGAGCCUCCCCCUUCACCUGCCUCUGCUUCCUUCAGCACAAACUUCACGGCUCCCUCACGCACGGUCCGGGCUUCUCCGGCGAGGCUUGGCAGCGACAGCCGCAUGCAUGACACUCCGAAAAGGAGAGAAAAUGACCAUAAGUAUCCAGGAGCACAUGGCUAUUGACGUCUGCCCCGGCCCCAUCAAACCCAUCAAGCAGAUCUCCGACUACUUCCCCCGUUUCCCACGCGGGCUCCCCGCUGGUGUUGGCCGCAGCAGCACCCUGCGCUCCGCUGUCAGCCAGCCCUCUGUCAGCCCCGCCGAGGCGCCCCGCGAAGAGGAUGAGGACGUGGACCAGCUUUUCGGGGCAUAUGGCACAACACCCACGGAGCAGCCAGCCAAGUGCCAGGCACCCGAGGAGGUGGUGGACCCCGAGGGCUACGAGUCCGAUGACUGCACCACUCUGGGGACGCUGGAUUUCAGCUUGCUCUAUGAUCAGGAAAACAACGCUCUCCACUGCACGAUCAAUAAAGCCAAGGGCCUGAAGCCGAUGGACCAUAAUGGUUUGGCGGAUCCAUAUGUCAAAUUGCACUUGCUCCCCGGAGCCAGUAAGGCGAAUAAGCUGAGAACCAAAACGCUGCGGAACACUCUGAACCCCACCUGGAACGAGACGCUCACCUACUACGGCAUCACCGACGAGGACAUGAUCCGCAAGACCCUGCGCAUCUCGGUCUGCGAUGAGGACAAGUUCCGCCACAACGAGUUCAUUGGAGAGACGCGGAUCCCGCUGAAGAAACUAAAGCCCAACCAGACCAAAAACUUCAGCAUCUGCCUGGAGAAGCAGCUGCCGAUAGAUAAAACAGAGGACAAGUCGCUGGAGGAGCGCGGUCGGAUCCUCAUCUCCCUCAAGUACAGCUCACAGAAGCAGGGGCUGCUGGUGGGCAUCAUCCGCUGCGCCCACCUCGCUGCCAUGGACGCCAAUGGCUACUCCGACCCCUACGUCAAGAUUUACUUGAAACCAGAUGAGGACAAGAAAUCAAAGCAUAAGACGGCGGUGAAGAAGAAGACGCUGAACCCCGAGUUCAAUGAGGAGUUUUGCUAUGAAAUAAAGCAUGGGGACCUGGCAAAAAAGACCUUGGAAGUCACAGUGUGGGACUAUGAUAUUGGGAAAUCAAAUGAUUUCAUAGGUGGAGUUGUGUUGGGCAUUAACGCCAAGGGUGAGCGGCUGAAGCACUGGUUCGACUGCCUGAAAAACAAGGACAAGAAAAUCGAGCGCUGGCACACGCUAACGAAUGAGCUGCCGGGGGCCGUCCUCAGCGACUGAGCACCACGGGGCUGCUUCCAGGGCCAGCACGGCUCUGCCGGCCACAGCCUUUGGACUCCACUCCUUUAUGGCUUUGGAUACGGGGGAUCGUGGUACCGGGGCAGCCGGCAGAGCAGGACACCCCAUGCCACGGCCUGGCUGCAGGGAAUCCCUUCCCAGGGAGCAGGGCAGCAGUGGUUUGCUCUGCUCAGCAGGUCCCGUCCCCUAAGGCUUUUCCAGAAUGCCUCUUUGCACCCUGACACACACUCAUGAGCAUGCACACGCAUGCACACACACACACACGUGCACAUGGACACCACACGCCUGCAUGCACUGCAGUUGUGACUCCUCUCCUAACUCUCUGCUCUACAGAAUUACCUUCUCGCUGCCUUGUAAUUCAGUGGCAGGAAUGAAUGCAUCAUUUCCAUUCAUGUAUCUAAUAUGAUCAAAAGGUGUCUCUAAAACUGGUACUGUUUUCUCAAGGCAAUUGUGCCAUAUUUCUGGUGGUUUGUCAGUCUCUGUGAUUUGGGCCUAAACAGUCUUUUAUGCAUUUAAAGCUCCUCCAUUUGAAUGAUUGUGUCCUCUGGUAACCUAGAAGACUGUUUGCUUUCCUUCCAGGAAUGUUGUGCUCGUCCUCUCCAGUAACCCACGUGAAGGCAGCCAGAAAGCUGGCAGUGCUGUGCAGACUAUGGCUUCCCUCUCUCAGUCCCAGGAUCAGGCAAAAGAGGGGAAGCAGCCGCUCUCCUAAUGAAACCAUGCCUUCCCCCCGGAGCCAUGCUCCAGCACGGCUGUUCUUCCAGCAAAGCUGGCUUUCAAGCUAAGUUUUUCUAUCACUUUUCCCUUAUUCUGCCUUUUCCAAUUCAUGCCAUUACCUAAAAUCCAACCAAGGCACUUUGCACUGUGAGCUGCUGGUGUGAGCUGAGCCACGGGGCUGAGCAGUGUUCAUGUUUGUGGAGAUGCUCAGCUCCAGCACAGCCAUUCGUUGGUCUAUUUUCUGCCUCAAACAGCUUCCAGACCAAAUUUCUGUGUACAGCACAGUAACAGUAUAAUAAUAUUAUCAUAAUAUAUCCCAGCUCUCAUCCUCCAUGACCCACGCUGGCCAGUCCCUGCAUCCUCAUCCCAUCAGGCUCUGGCUCUCGUGCAAACACCGCUUUGUCACAUUUGCACAAGAGCUGGUACAUGGUGGGAUGAGCUAAAACUGUCUGUGAAAUGCUGCACCUUGCCAGCAAGUUAUGAAGCCUUUAAACCAUGAUUUCUUAGGAAGAGCUGCUGUUUGCCCAUCAGUCUCAAUUACCUACAGCUUCUGAGCCCUGUAGCUCUGUGUGUGUGUGUGUGUGUGUUGCCAACUUCUUUCUUUGGAGAGCAAUUGGAUCUCUGGAAACCUAGGUCUCCUUUCCAAAGUGACGAUCGUGUUACACCUUGUUUGAUAUGGGGGGGACCAACAUUCAUAGGGUUUUUUUUUAAUACCUUAAUAUUUGUAAUAUACUCUCCAGAUAUGCAUGGAUUUUGUUUGAAUGCCGGCAGCGUGUCAAGUAGGAUGUUCCCAAUAAUCCUCUCAGUCUGUCACUGGUCCAGCACCUUAAAACCUGCCUUGGGUUUGAGCUUCCAGGAGAGCCACAGGAGCACCAUGUCGGCUGUGCCUCCCUUUUCUGGUGAAGUUACUUUCAAUCCAUCAUUUGUUUUAGCUCAUCUUGCUAUGAAACCGAAGUAGAGUAGGACAUGAUGUGUGUGUGGGUCCCUUCACUUUGUAUCCCAGUCUUUUCUAAGCGGACAUCCGUCCGUCCGUCCCAGCUGCAUGCAGUGGUGGUUGUCAUGCCAGGCCUUGUGAAAUGUUUGAUACCAAUGUUUUGCUACCAUGUGAAGGCUGCAGAAACUGUCCUUACCUGCAUCCUAAAAGACUUUUGUAUUUCAGUAUUAUCUAUCUGUGUACUUUUUGUCAGAUUUGUUAAUAUUUAUAAUGAGAACCCAAAAUAAAAAGGGAAAAUAAAAAAGGUUAGUGCUGGUGCUGUAGCUUUUGAAUCUCCCCAUGUUGCUAUCAUGGUGUGUGAGCUUGGGGCAUCGCAGAUGGAGCAUUGAGUGACCCAGAGACACGAGAUGAAGAGGAUCUGGGCCC